AAGUUCCGAUUGGAGGUCCCCGCUAUACGCAGUCUCGAUGCUGUACUGGUUCCUCUCCGAGGCCUCAGCGAACUCUGAUCAGCUUCUUUGCAUCUCUUUUGUGGGUUGGGAGCCGGCGUCUGGGUGGUUUCUCUGUCCGGCGCUCUCCUGUUCUCGCUCUCUUUUUCCAUUUUAAGGGAAUCAGCGGCUCAUAUGCUCAUAGAUGGAAUGCUGCCCCUUAAGGUGUUCAGUGCUGGUUGGUUGGUUGGUUGGUUGGUUGGUUUGUUUUUGUUUCAUUGCCAACUUUCCCGCUCCGUUGACUUUGUGGGUCUUAUUGGUACUCUCGUUUCCUGGCGUUCUCCAAGAAAACGAUGAAGCAUUCACACAGCAGGCGUAUUCAUGGAGUUAUUUAUUGAAGCUUUAUGUCUACUCAGGUGGACUCCUUAAGUGACAAGCGCGGCUUGUCCUCCUCCUCCUCCUCCUCCUCCUCCUUCUUCUUCUUCUUCUUCUGCUUCCUCCUCCCGGUACAGUUGUUGGUCCUCCCGGCGCGGGCGUCACCUUUUGGUCCAGACAUGCGAAGCGUUUGAUCGAGUUGAUCUGGCAGCCGACACGCUCGCUCUCACGCUGCUCUCGAAGACGCCAGGCGGGACGCCGCCAACAUCAGACGCACCUCCGGCGCUUUAUAAACGUUUCUUCGGACCCCCCACCCCCGACUCGCCUCCUUUCAUGGGCCGUCACGUUCAAAGCUGCAGGCGCUCCGCAAGGAGAAGUCUCGGGACGCGGCCAGGUCGCGGCGCGGGAAAGAGAACUUUGAGUUCUACGAGCUGGCCAAGAUGCUUCCGCUGCCGGGCGCCAUCACCAGUCAGCUGGACAAAGCGUCCAUCAUACGCCUGACCAUCAGCUACCUGAAGAUGAGGGACUUUGCCAAUCAGGGGGACCCCCCCUGGAACCUGCGCACGGAGGGACCGCCCCCCAACACCUCCGUCAAAGCAAUCGGCAACCAGAGGAGGAGGACUCCCAGCGCGUUGGCCUCGGACAUCUUCGAGCCGCACCUGGGCAGCCACAUCCUGCAGUCUCUGGACGGUUUUGUGUUUGCGCUGAACAAGGAAGGUCGCUUCCUGUACAUCUCGGAGACCGUCUCCAUCUACUUGGGACUCUCGCAGGUGGAGCUCACGGGCAGCAGCGUCUUCGACUACGUGCACCCGGGCGACCACGCCGAGGUGGCCGAGCAGCUGGGCAUGAAGCUUCCGCCCGGGCGGGCCGCCGACGAGGACGCCGGGUCGUCGUCGGCGUCGUCGACGUCGCGCCCCGAGACGCCCGAGCCAGCGGAGUCCGGCAGCCCGAGGCCCGCUUCCCCCGACGGCCAUCUGGAACGUUCCUUCUUCGUCCGGAUGAAGUCCACGCUCACCAAGAGAGGCGUCCACAUCAAGUCGUCGGGAUACAAGGUGAUCCACGUGACCGGUCGGCUGCGCAUCCGGAUGGCGCUGACGCACGCUCGCUCGGUGCCCAAUCAGGUGAUGGGCAUGGUGGUGGUGGCGCACGCGCUGCCGCCGCCCACCGUCAACGAGGUCCGCAUCGACUGCCAGAUGUUUGUCACGCGCGUCAACAUGGACCUCAAGAUCGUCUACUGCGAGAACAGGAUCAGCGACUACAUGGACGUGUCGGCGGCAGACGUGGUUGGCAAACGCUGCUACCAGCUGAUCCACGCCGAGGACGCGGAGGCCAUCAGGCAAAGUCACGUCGAGCUGAUGAACAAAGGCCAGUGCGUGACCAAGUACUACCGCUGGAUCCAGAGGAGCGCCGGCUACAUUUGGAUCCAGUCCAGCGCCACCAUCGCCAUCAACGCCAAGAACGCCAGCGACAAGAACGUCGUCUGGGUCAACUACGUGCUCAGUAACCACGAAUACAAAGACACGCCCAUCGACAUGGGCCAGAUGCCGAGCCUACCGGAAAAGAAUUCAGAAUCCUCCGAAUCCUCUGACUCGGACUGCGAGUCCAAAGAAAACGCCGAAAACAACAAGCUGGGCCAACCGGAGCGCAGCGAGAACGCACAAGCGGAGACCCGCCGGCAGCAGCGGCACUUCGCCCAAUCGCGGCGCCCGUCCGAGCGGGAAGCGAAGCAGCCGGAGGAGCGGGACGCGUCCAGCAACGCCGAGAGUCCAGAGAGCGACGACAGCCCGGACGCUUCUGACGCGGAAGCCGAAGACGGCGCGGGGACCGGGAUGGGCGGCCUCCACAUCAAAGUGGAGCAUUACGGCGAGCCGGAGGAGCGGGUUCCGCUCUCGCAGUCGUCGUCGUCUUCGUCGGAGGAGGAGGAGGAGGAGCGUGACGAAGGAGAAGAUGCGGGCGCCGUGGAGAAACGUCAGCGCCGGAAGAGAAGGAAAGUCCAGAAGUGGAGGAGGACGCAAAGUAGGAAGUUGCGUCUCUCCUCCGCGACCAGCGGCUCGGCCGCCCGGGCCCCCGACGCCGCUCCCGCCCACCUUCUCGCCGCCGGCUCGCCGCUAUCUUCGGUCCUAAAGAUCAAGACGGAAAUGUCGGAGCCCAUCAACUUCGACAACGACAGCAGCAUCUGGAACUUUCCGCCCAACCGCGAGAUUUCCCGCAACGAGUCCCCGUACAGCAUGACGGCCAAGCCCGCCGCCCCGACCCCCCGCAAGCAGGGCGGCUCCCUCCAGGUUCCCAUCCCCGACGCCGUCCUCACGCCACCUGCCACCGAGGGCGGGGCCAGAAAGCCCCCUUACAACGGAGGCUCCACCCCGUCCGCUUUAGCGCCGGCGGACCCCCUGUCGCCUCCUCUCUCGGCGUCCCCCCGGGACAAGCAGCAGGGUACCCCGACCGCCGCUUCCUCCUCGUCCUCGUCCUCGUCUUCGCUGCUGUGCUCGGGUGAUCUGGAGGCGCUGCAGCGCUUGCAGUCGGCCAACGUGGUCCUCCCGCUGGUCCGCCGCGUCGCGGGCACUGCGGCGACCGCCGGCGGCACGCCCCCCCGCGUGUACACCACGGGGACCAUCCGCUACGCCCCCGCGGACGUCACGCUCGCCGUGGCGCCGGGAAGCCUGGUGCCUAACGCCUCGGUGAACUUUGUGGACGCUCCGGGUUUCGGCCUGGACCCCAAGACGCCCAUGGAGAUGUUGUACCACCACGUGCACCGUCUCAACAUGUCCGCCGCCACGACGGGAAGCUUCGCGGGCUCCCCGGCGGCCGGCGGAGGCACGGCGGCCCAGGUGCCCGCGGCCGCCGCCAACGCGUUCGGCGCGGCCGACGGGAUUUUCUCCGCGCUGCCGUUUCCCGUCUACACCAACGGCAUCCAAGCCGAGAGAAAGGAGGACUAGGAGGGACCGGACCGGACCGGACCGGAGACCGACCGGGUUACUGUGCUUUCCGACUCUACUGUGUCGCCGAGGGAGGACGCGAGGAAGGAACGUUGGAAGUCUUGAAUUGAAAGAUCGGAAGGAGAACCGGAAGGAGUAGGGAGUGAAGGAAGGAAAGUGGAAGGAAGGAGGCGAGGAAUGAAGGGAGCAGCUGUCCUAAGAAAGGAGGGAAUUGAAGGCAGGCAAUAAGGAAAGAUGGAGGGAAGAAGCCAGGUUACGGGGACGACGUAUGGAAGGAGCGUUUUUUUGACCUCCUCGCUUCUUUCGGCCGCCAACCGAGCUGAUGAUUCGUGUCGGCGCUUCCCCCGUCACUGACCGCAAUCAAAAACCCACAAAAACAAGCGACUCGAGAAUGUUGAACUACUUCCCGGUGCAUCGUUUCGCCCCGUUUUCAUAAUGACGGCGUACGUGGCGCUACGACAAGACGGCCGCCGUCGUCGUCUCAGUGACGCCGAAUCAGCUAGUUUGUUAGCAUCCACGCUCAUCAGCUGCCGUUGACGCUCGCCAGCAAGCAUUUUGGCUGGUCGCUUUGCAUUUAUGCUCAUCAUUUAAUAUCGAUGUGAAUCAAACAGCCAGCGUUAAUGUGAGUCAGCAGGCGGUGACGCUAAUCGCCCAUGACUGAUACCAGUCGGCUAACAUUGGGUUAGCUUUAGGGCUAACUCGCAGACCUUGAUGUUAUUCAAUUAGCGUCGAUGCUAUUCAGCUAGUGCUGCUGUCACUGGUUGGUUCACCAUGAUGCUAAUUAACUAACACUGAGGCUGUCUGGUUAAAUGACUAGCUCUGAUGCUAACCGAUUGGCGUUGUUACUAAUCAGCCAGCGUUGGAAUCAGUCAGCUGGCAAUUGUGCUAAUCGGCUACCGCUGAUGACAGUGGGUAAGCUUUGAGGCUAAUAAGUGGACCUUGGUGUUAAUCAGUUAGCAGUGAUGCUAAUCAGCUAGCUUUGAUGCUGUCACUGGCUCACAUUGAUGCUAAUUAACGUUUAACCUAUCCCAUUAUCAUUGAGGCUAAUUGACUAGCUUUGAUGCUAAUCCGCUAGCAGAAUUGAUGCUCAUCGGCAACACUUGAUUUUAGUCACUUAGCAUUGCGGCUAAUCAGCUAGCAUUGCAGCUGUCACUGGCUCACAUUGAUGCUAAUUAACAUUGAACCUAUCCCGUUAUCAUUGAGGCUAAUUGACUAGCUUUGAUGCUAAUCCGCUAGCAGAAUUGAUGCUCAUCGGCAACACUUGAUUUUAGUCACUUAGCAUUGCGGCUACUCUGCUAGCAUCGCAACUGUCACCGGCUGACGUUGACGAUAAUUAACUAACAUUGAUUGAUUGAUUGAUUUACGACGGAGGCUAAUUGAGCAGCUAAUCAGCAAGAUGUCGUUAGUUAGCGUUUCUGCUAAUCAGUGAGCAUUGCUUUGGAUAUAUGCUAAUUAAUGUACAGGCGUUGACGUUCAAUGUUAGCAUAGUUGCUAAUCAGCUGGCAGUGGCGCUACUUGGUUAGCGAUUAUGCUAAUAGGCUAGCGUUGAGGCUGAUCGAUUAGCCUUGAUGUUAAUUGGUUAGCGAUGAUGCCAGUUAUUACUUGGUUACUGUGAUCCUGAGCUAGCUAGCAUUUAUGCUAAUUAGUUAGCUUGGCUAACUUGGAAAAUGAAUGUCUCGGACUCGAACCGGUUGCUGUUUUUUGUUUGUUUGUUUUUCCCGCACUCUUGGGCCAUCUUGGGGAAGACGAUCGGCUGACUUCCGUCCCAUUGUCGGACUUUGGAAAAGCGAUUGACGCACAUUUAUCGGAUGCAUCGUUGCCCAAAAAAAAAAAACAAAAAAAAACAGCGAGAGUAAAAAAAAAAACAACAACAAACGUGUGCACUGUGAAUCAACGUCAUUUGUAUUUUUUGCUAAGAUGAUGGAAAAAAAAACGAAAAAAAAAGAUCCCGCAAAAAUGUGCUCAGCGCGUAAAAAGUGAUGUUUUCUUAUUUUCGUUUGUUUCUCUCUGCGCGCCGCCGUGUUUUUGAGGCCACUUCCUGUUCCUGUGCGUGUCGCUCUGUGCCGUGUGUGCGCUUCGGUGGCGCCGUCGUCGUGUCUUCUGUGUGCUGUCGUUCGUGCGACCCCAAAACUUUUGGAGGUUUGUGUGCUGCAGGGAAUUACAAAGAAAAUCGGGAAAACCUUUUUUCUACUUUCUUCUUAUUGGUUGGUGUCGUGGGGGGGGGGGGGGUUGUGUCUUCUUCUUCUUCUUCUUCUUCUUCUUCUUGUUCUCCGCUUUGCUUUUGUGCCGUCGUCUCGUUGACAAACUGCCCGACGGCUCCGCGUGAGCCACGCAAAGCAUUCUGAGCCUCAUUUUCGGCGGAACGGCCGUCGCGGCUCGACGCCUUGGGGGAAAUCCCAUUUUCGUUUUCUCGUCGCGCGCCGGCCGUCUCGGAGCGCUUUGACCGCUCCAGACCUACGCCAUACUUUUUGUUCCGCGACACGAUAAGCAAUAAACUCAGCAAAAGAAAGCGUAGACGUCUUUGAGCGGCCAAAAACGGAGCUUUUCUCUUUUUUUUUUAAUCAUCGGGAUCAAAAAAAAAACGCUGUGAAAAGAAAUGUUCGGAACGACCGUCGCUUUUACGAUCGCAUCUCGACCGUGGGACCACUAGGAGGCGCACAUUCCGGGGAGACCGAUGUUUCGGAGCCGCCAUCCGUGCCGACUGGCCAAGUUGGCGGGAGCGAGGAGCCGAAGCCAUCUUUCGGACGGGGCGCAAAAAUGAGCCGCCGUUUAUCGGCUUCGCAUCUGGAACUGAGAAAUUCGGAUUCUUUUUGAGUCCGAUUCCAAUCUGAAGUCGUACAAGAAGGGGAAAAAUACCCCUUUUGUCCCUUUUUAACGCUUGGACUGCUUUACGUGUGACGGUCCUUGAAUGAAACUUUACGACCGCUGAGGGACAAAUUUGGAUGAUUUCAAAGCAAAAAGUUGCUUUAAAUCUUUUUGUUUUGUUUUUUUAACCUGGAGCAACGAAACAAAACAUCAAAAAGAGGACGAAAAUUGAGCAGCUGGUUUGCUCCGCGCAACGAUUGCCAUCGAUUAUUGAUAAUGACUCGGAUUGAGAAGACGGCUCGGAGGUUGCGGCUUCAAAUCUGGCACGCGGGGCUUUUCCUCACUUUCCUCGCUCGUAUAUCCUAAAAACAUCUCCGGCGAAGACUUGAAAUUGCGAUCGGCCGGCGACCACUUCUGGUCCUACGGAAAACGGGCUGAAGCGACUCGUCGUGGCUUUGUCGCCAUCCGACAUCAACGAGCAAAUUUUAGCGCGACGCGGGCGUCGAAUCGACAGACGUCCGAACCCGUUUCCCAGAAUGCUUUGCGGUUCAGCGCGUGUGUUGCGUGUAUUUCGUUGGCUUCUUGCCGGGAGAGAAAAAAAAAAAAGUUUACAAUCAUUCGAAAGAAAGAAAAGAAAAAAAAAACAAUGCAAGUUGCCUUUUCCCGCGUGAGCGCCGAGCGCACGCUAGCUCUUCCUUUCGUAGCCUUGGAUCGCGGGCGGCCCAGAAAUACACGAAACACACGCCCCAGCGCACGCGUGGCCCGAAAACGCAAAGCGCCUUCUCGGAAUUGUUCCGAUUCUUCUUCCCGGCUUUCUUCUCCUUUGCGUGUUUUGUGUGUGAAGUCGUCAAAGCGACAAAAACUGUUGUCUGUGUUUUGGAAAUUCUUCUUCUACAAACUCUUUUUGAUAAGAAGAACAAGAAAUGAGCUCUUCUCUUGCUCUCAAUGUUAACAAUGUUAUUCAAGAGUUUGAAAAAAAAAAAAAAAAACUGGGGUCCAUUGGUAUUUUGUUUUUUCCUGUCCUGGCUGAAGAGGAGAAAGACGAACACGACGCUAACGUAGAGUGCCUGCCCUGGCCCGGCCCCCGGCCCGGCCCGGCCCCGGCCCGGCCCGGCCAGCCUUGGGUUUUUGCUUCUUUUCUUCUUCUUCUUUUGCGUUUGUUGUUCUGCCAUGAAAAUGCUGCAAACCUCAUUUUUGUAACGGUUCUUCUUUUCUACGUUUACUAAGUUGUCACACGACGUCACGAGGCCAUCUGGCGGGAGACCUUUUCACAAUAAAAUCAAAUUUCUCUUCA